GGAGAGAAGCUGGGCAGAGGCAGCCAGGCCUGGAUGAGUGGCUGUGGCUAGGAGAUGGGGCUCUGGGCUCUGAUCCUGCCCUCCCACAAACAGGUGCUGUCAUGGCCUGGGCCUCCCCUUAUUUGCUUGUGAAAGAGCCCACGCUGUGUGACUUGAGGUCCAGUCAUGAAUUCCUUAUGUUACUGAGCAUCAGAAGCCAGCCUCACAGCUCCCGCAUGGGUGGCAGAGGCCAGGCUCCCUAAGCAGGGCAUUCACUGCCACCGACCUGUCCGGGGAACAUCGGAGCCCAGCUUUCUUUUGUGCCACCAGAGCGAACUGGGAAACCUUCAGCCCGCACACCGCAGGAUGAAGCUGCUUGCCAGGGCUCUCCGUCUUGGGCCAUUUGGCAGGCUGGCAGCCUCUAGGAAGCUUGGGGCAGGCCAGGAGCUGGCAGAGCCUGCAGGAAGAUGCUGGGCCUCCAUCCGGGCUGCUGGGACCAGCCCCAAGCUCUCGCUCGCCAGACCUUGUGUCUUUGCCACAGGAAGGAUCAUGCGGCCGGAUGACGCUAAUGUGGCGGGCAAUGUCCACGGCGGGACCAUCCUGAAGAUGAUCGAGGAGGCUGGGGCCAUCAUUAGCACCCGGCACUGCAACAGCCAGAACGGGGAACGUUGCGUGGCCGCCCUGGCCCGGGUCGAGCGUACUGACUUCCUGUCGCCCAUGUGCAUCGGCGAGGUAGCUCACGUCAGCGCGGAGAUCACCUACACCUCGAAGCACUCUGUAGAAGUCCAGGUCAACGUGCUGUCUGAAAACAUCCUCACAGGUGCCAAAAAGCUGACCAACAAGGCUACCCUGUGGUAUGUGCCCCUGUCACUGAAGAAUGUGGACAAGGUCCUCGAGGUGCCUCCUGUUGUGUAUUCCCGGCAGGAGCAGGAGGAGGAGGGCCGGAAGCGGUAUGAAGCCCAGAAGCUAGAGCGCAUGGAGACCAAGUGGAGGAACGGGGACAUUGUGCAGCCUGUCCUGAACCCAGAGCCCAACACCGUGAGCUACAGCCAGUCAAGCCUGAUCCACCUGGUGGGGCCCUCGGACUGCACCCUGCACGGCUUCGUGCACGGAGGUGUCACCAUGAAGCUCAUGGACGAGGUGGCUGGGAUUGUGGCCGCACGCCACUGCAAGACCAACAUAGUCACGGCUUCUGUGGACGCCAUCAAUUUUCAUGAUAAGAUCCGAAAAGAAAUGGUCGUGUCCAGCACGAAGCUUCCCAACAGGGACCCAAGGAGUUGGUCCAGCGAGGGGGAUGCAUUGUUCCAGAAGGUUCUUCCGAGUGCUUGGAGCAGUGUGAGGGGGCCGCAGUGUGGCAUAGUAAGACCACGGAGAGGACCAGACGCCGGUCACAGGUUUGACCUUGUGCUAGGUGGGGCCAGACUGCUCACACCCAGAACCCCGCUGGGGCCUUCCUCCAUGGCAGGCGACAUCGAGGGCCCCCGGGGGUCCUCUGUGCAGCACAGGGAGAUGAUGUAUGGGCUACUAACGCGCGUCUGAUCAUGUGUCGUCUAACUCCCUGUCAUCGCUGCCGCCUGUGUCCCCUAACCUCGCGCCUGUAGCUGUGUCCUGGGUAACACUGGUCUGG